AUGCGUCUCAAAUUGAUAUAUGAUGUGAUUGAAUCAUUCAAUUCAACAAACAAAAUUCUCAAGAUGUUCAAAGCGUAUAUAGAAACGAGACAAGAUGAUGAUGAUGAUGAUGAGAAAUUUGAGACGCAAGUAUUAUUAAGAGAUACAAAUGUUCAAAAGCAACAACUACCCAAUGUAAAAAUCAAAGAUAAUUGAUGUGUAUGUUUUCCAUUGCUUUUUAACUGAUAAUUCAGUCAUCCGUUACGAAACCCAAAUUUCCGAGUCAAACCUUCUUUUGUUAGAGGAAUAAAGCAUUUUUGUUUUUAUUGCCUCUUGAUCGAUUAUGUACAAGUCCAUCGCUUUUGAAUAUUUAUUUUAGCUCAUCAGCUGUUAGAUCAGAGCUUAAAAAAAGAGCAGAAUACUGCUCUCUCUCUCUAAAAUCUUCAACGUGUGAUAGUGGAACAAAAAUGCUUGCAAAAAAAUAGUGAAAAGAAAGUAUAACCCUUUUUCUAAUCAUAUUCUUCAGGACAUCGAACAGUAUCGCAGAAUUUGUCAUCUUUUUUGUUUAUUGAUAGAACCAAAUUACAAAUGAUUGGUAAGUUCACCAAAUGUGAAGUCUAUAAUAUGCCCGAUUUCUUUCUGAAUGUCUCCUUCAGACAUGGUUUAUCUACCCAAGCAAAAACGACCCAAUUUUUUGGGUUAUUUAUCUAGAUUCAGGUCCACGUGCAUCUAGAUGUACGUGGAGCUGAAUCUAGAUAAAUAACCCAAAAAAUUGGGUCGUU